AUGCGCAAGUGCAAAGUUUUCGUGGGAAAUUCCCAUCCAGAUUUGGGGAAGCUCGUUUGCGAGCGUUUGGGUAUCGAACCGGCACCAUGCACGUUGAAAAAGUUCGCGAACGGUGAAACUUCGGUUCAGAUCGGCGCCUCGGUACGUGAUGAAGAUGUGUAUGUUAUCCAGUCUGGAUCUCCUUCAAUCAACGAUGAUAUCAUGGAACUGCUGAUUUUGGUUUCGGCCUGCAGAGGCGGGUCAGCUAAAAAAAUCACGGCCGUGAUUCCCCAGUUUCCUUACUCUAAGCAGUGUAAGAUGAAAAAACACAGAGGUGCCAUCACUGCACGCAUGUUAGCCAAUCUGCUCAUCAUGGCCGGUGCCGAUCACGUGGUGUCGAUGGAUUUGCACGCUUCGCAAAUGCAGGGCUUUUUCAGCAAGCCGGUCGACAACCUUUACGGUGGCCCCAGUCUUGCGAGAUGGAUCCGUGAAAAUGUGGAGCACUACCAAGAUGCGGUAGUUGUAUCUAAGAAUCCUGGUGGCACUAAAAGAGUGACGGCUUUAGCAGACUCUCUCAAGAUAAAUUUUGCCAUGAUUCACACAGAUCGCCGGCGCUCCAAGGAUCUCUAUGCUCAGAACCGCGACAGACAGCAAUUGAUGCUAAGAAAACAGUCGAUGCUUCGGAAAAAUAAGCCCAUUAUCAGACCCGGAGAGGGCCCAGACGAGGAAGAGAAUAUCAUUCUGACGAACGGAAUACAAACCGCGAGAAUAGUGAAAGGGCACGUUGUCGAUGACGACGAUUACUCCGAGGAAGAAUGCGUAAUGGAGACAGAUUCUGAGUCGCACGACUCCGUGAGUGAUUCUUACGCCCUUGGUGGCACAUACGAUGCGGUCGAUUCUGAUGAAGAAGACGAAGCGGAGAAUGGACAACAAGAAAAGUUGAUUACCCUUGUUGGAAAUGUUAAUGGCAGAUCUGCGAUCAUUCUAGAUGACAUGGUCGACAGGCCGGGCUCUUUCAUCAGUGCUGCUGAACAUUUAAUUAAAAACUGCGGAGCCAAAAAAGUUUACGUUGUUGCUACGCACGGCUUGUUUACGGGAGAUUGCCUAGAAAGACUCGAGCAAUCCGAUGCUAUCCAUCAGAUUGUCGUCACUAACACAUAUCCGAUCUCUAGCAAUCGUCUUGACAGAUCCAAGAAACUGGUCACAAUUGAUGUAUCGUCCAUUUUUGCCGAAUGUAUCCGUCGUGAUCACUACGGUGAGAGCAUUUCUGUUCUUUUCGAUUCUUUAGCUUCGCUUUGA